GUGACUCUAUUAAUUAUCAGACAUAUAUCUAUGGGAAGGUAACGUCUUUGAAGCCGGAAAUACGAUACGGGAGUCAUAGAGGAGCAAGGACGGGAUUGUAUCCGGGCGGGGAGCCCAUGCUCUGUACUGGAUUGCAGUCAUUCGCCCCACAGGAUGGCCCUUAACAAAUCGAUGCAUGCAAGAAACAGAUACAAGGACAAGCCGCCUGACUUUGCUUAUCUGGCAUCAAAGUACCCAGAAUUUAAGCAACACGUGCAGAUGAGUUUGUCGGGAAGAGUGAGUGUCAACUUCAAAGAUCCAGAAGCCGUGAGAGCCUUGACGUGCACGCUACUGAAAGAAGACUUUGGGCUUCAAAUUGACAUCCCCUUAGAAAGGCUUAUUCCAACGGUUCCCUUGAGACUGAACUAUAUCCACUGGGUUGAAGAUCUGAUUGCUCAGCAAAAUGCUGCUGCUGAAGGUUCUCCUGUUAUAUGGGGAAUAGACAUAGGUACAGGUGCAUCUUGUAUUUACCCAUUACUUGGGGCAACUUUGAAUGGAUGGUAUUUUAUUGCAACAGAAGUAGAUGAUGUGUGUUUCAGCUAUGCCAAGAAAAAUGUGGAGCAAAACAACUUAUCUGAUCUUAUAAAAGUGGUUAAAGUGCCACAAAAGACUCUCCUGUUGGAAGCCCUAGAAGAGGAGUCUGAAGUUAUUUAUGAUUUCUGCAUGUGCAACCCUCCCUUUUUUGCCAACCAGCUAGAAGCAAAGGGAGUAAAUUCCCGUAAUCCCAGAAGACCACCUCCCAGCUCAGUCAACACAGGAGGGAUCACUGAAAUCAUGGCUGAAGGGGGAGAGCUAGAAUUUGUCAAGAGAAUAAUUCAUGAUAGUCUGCAGCUUAAAAAAAGAUUGCGGUGGUACAGUUGCAUGCUGGGAAAGAAGUGUACAUUGGCACCACUAAAAGAGGAGCUUCGAAUCCAUGGAGUCCCUAAAGUUACACACACUGAAUUUUGUCAAGGUCGCACUAUGAGAUGGGCACUGGCUUGGAGCUUCUAUGAAAAUGUCAAAGUACCAUCACCUCCUUCUAAGAAAAGAAAACUAGAAAAAUCUCGGAAACCAAUUACAUUCCUCGUCUUGGCAUCUACAACCAAACUGCUAGCUAGUAAAGCUUCAUCUAUGGGAAUGAAUGCUGUCGAAGGGGUAGCAGUGGUUGCAACAUGGAUUAAAAAAAUCCUUAGUGAUCUGAAGGUAGAGCAUAAAUAUAUUCCCUGUGGAAAAGAUGAAGUCAGUUUGUUUCUAACAGCUUUGGAAAAUUCCUGGAUACACUUAAGAAGAAAGAAGAGGGAUAGAGUCAGACAACUACGAGAACUUCCUCGGGCAUCUAUAGACUUCCUGCAAACCACAGAAGAGAGAGAAAAUGACCAGAAACAUUCAAAUGAAACUAUGGAGUAUGAAGGAAACAUGAGUGGAGCCACCGAAAGAGGAUCCCUGCCACUUGAUCGAGACCAUGAGUCACUAGAGGCUGAUGGAUUAAAUAGUGUGGCUCCCGUUAAAGAGGAAAACCACCAAGGACAUACUGAAGAAAACACAAGAGCAGAGCAACCAGUAGUUAUUUCAGAUGGCUUUGAAGAAUCUGAUCAUGAAGAGGAGGAAUCCAGAGCCUUUGGCAUUGAUAACCAAUCUACUGCAACUGGACAGAGUGCCAACUCCUCUAGUGAAUGGUUCCUUUUCAAGUGUGUGUUAAUUGUGAAGAAAGAAGGGGAUGAUUCUCUAAUAGAAAUGCAUUGGGUUGAAGGACAGAACAGAGACUUAAUGAACCAGUUGUGCACCUACCUAAAGAACCAGCUUUUUCGCUUGGUCACAACUUAAGGGGACUGUGGUGUUUCUGUAAUCUUACUUGUGGUAAUAUCUUUAAUGACAGCAUUGCUGAGGUUUUAAAAAUGUGACCUGGGAUUUAUAAUGGCAUGUGGUGGUGGUGGUGGGGAAUCUUGUCAGAAUUUGAGUAUUUUAGAUGUUAACUAUGUACCAAAAAGCUGCAUUGUCUGCUUUUCAAUACCACACCUAUGGUGGAUUCUUCAUUCUAAUAAAUACUUAUGAAUUUUAGAUUACUA